UGGGCCAUGCAUGUAUUAUUUUAAACUGUGCCACUUGUGACUUUGCUCUACUGAAACAUUAACACAAAAUGUAACUAUGAUCAUGGAGAGGACAUGGUUAGACUUGGCAACAAGAGCAUGUUGGCACAUCUGGGAGUCAGACAACAAUUUCCUUUAAAACACUUCCUCGACAACAACGGACACGAUCGGUGUAAAUUAAAGGCCAAUUCACAUCAAACUAAGCUCACAAUAGCUGGACCCCGGGGAGGGUUAAUUUGCUAACUUUCAAAACAACUGCAGGAGUAACAUCGGAUUGAACAAGGUCAUGCGUGUGAUCAUCAGAUCUCUUUAGAUUAGCAGUUGGGGUUCGUUAUAGUGAGCCAGAAACAGUCCUGUCCCUUGCCUUUUUCGGGGUGGAAGAACCCGUUCCUGGUCACCCGAGACCUGUUUGUUGAGAACAGGUCGCCAUGGCGUCCUCUUCAUUCGACACCAGAGGUAUCGCUCUUUGUCCAUGAAGUUGCACCAGGUGGUGUGUUGCCUUGGGAACACAUCCUUAGAGGAUUCCAACAGGUGCACAGGGUUUUAGGGCUCUCCCAGAACCACACCUGAAACCUCUGCCUCUACUUUACACAUGAAGCAGCUGUGUCUUCUUCAUGUUUUUCACAGAGGACCACUGCAAAGCGAAAACCCAUGACGGCAUAACGCAGGCGGAGAGCUACGGAGACAGAGAAGAGUGACCUCUUUGUCAGUUCAACUGGACAGAGAAUAAAGAUGCAGCACAUGGUGGCAAAAAUAAGGCGUCACUUCAACACUGCCUACAUCACUGCAGUCAUUCUGUUUGGAUUUCUUGUGUCAUUCAAUGAAGACGUUGCCAUGGCGAUGGUGGUGACCUCCUCGGGGCCCCAGACUCUGCAGAAGGCCCAUGGGGACGCUGUGACCUUGGGGUGCACAUACUCGCCUGGGCCCCUGGACAUGGGGGAUCUGGACAUUGAGUGGUCUGUCAUCAGCCCUGACACCACCCAGAAAGACCAGCUGGUUAUCUCCUACACAGGUGGGAGGAAGUAUGUCCAUAGCAACCCUGCGUUAAUGACGGGGCUGGACUUUGCUGCAGGAAACCCGGCGAACGGAGACGCGUCCCUCUCCAUCAGCGCUGUCUCCGCUGCCAACAGCGGCAUCUACCAGUGCAAGGUGAAGAAAGCACCAGGGGUGGACAUGCGCAAAAUCUCCCUGGUAGUCAUGGAGCGUCCAUCUGCACCCAGGUGCUGGGUUGAGGGGGGCGAGGCCGUGGGGGGGCCGCAGUCGCUCCACUGCAGGUCUGCCCAUGGGACCCCUCCGUUGGCCUACCAGUGGAAGAGAGAGAUCGGAGGGCCAAUCCCCUCUGCAGCUACUCAGGACUCUCUGACAGGGGAACUGAAGAUUAGUAAUCACUCUGAAAGCUUUGUUGGGAUCUACACCUGUCAGGUGAGCAACGUUGUGGGAAAAGAACACUGCAAGAUCAACCUGCGGGCCCUCAAACCGCCCAGUAAAGCUGGAAUUGUGGGCGGGACGGUGGUGGGGGUCCUUCUGCUCGUCAUCAUCCUCCUGAUCGUCGUCUGGCUAGUGGUCUACAGGCGGCAGCCGCGCUACGACAAGGAAGUGUCCAAUGAGAUCAGAGAGGAUGUCCCGCCCCCUGAGAGCCGUCCAACCAGCCGCGUCUCCAGCCACCACAGGGGAGUGGCCUACAGUCCGGUGGGUGGAGCCUCUCAGCUGCCGUCCUCCUCGAGCACAAGCUUCUCCGCCACCAAGUACGAGUACGACAGCCGCUUUGGCUACGCCGUCUGAGCGGACUGGGUUCCCGAACUGUUCUCUGACCGUUGGGUCACCAGGACUACCACUGCUCACUCCGUCUGACAGGUCAAAGGUCAACCACCGGACACUCUGCCAAUCAGGUCCAUGUUUUGCCAUGGUAAAGGUCUCAGGAUGUGAUAUAAACUCCUACACUCCUGGACAUAGGAGGUCUGUAUGGUUUUAAAGCAACUUACCAAACACGUUUUUGAAUACAAUAUUACAUACAAUAGUACAACACAAAGUGUAUAUCAAUAUCCAAUACCAAUAGUGUGAAUGUGUUCAUUUGCCUUUAUCAGAACAAUCCCAUAGUAAUCUAGGAGAGUAUCUAACUUUAUUGCGUGUCAAUAAAGAAUAUUGACUUUCAUGUAUAUUUUUGUUUGUAUUUGAAUGCAUUGUAAAUAGAUUUUACAUUCUUGAGUAAAACAUGCAAGUUUUUCUGAA